AGGUUUGUGAGACUUUGCGGGGAAGACAACAUCGUCUGUGGACAUCUGCUCUAAUCUUUGUUACUCAGCUGAGAACCGAGAGAGUGGGGACAGAGGGGAACCGGAACUUCUGACCAAGAUGCUGGUUUGUCUGUGAUUCCAGUUUGAUUCCAGCAGAAAAAACAGAAGAUACAGAUAAUAUGGCUGAAACCUUAACCCACUAGAACAUGUGAAGGUUGCUAACAAAGACUGUGAAAAGGAGAAUCCCAAGUUGAUUGAGGAUGUCGAAGAUGAUGAAGGUUGAAGCAGAAGACCUCGGUGGGUUCAGUGUGGUGCCCUCAAUAUCUGCAGCAUCCACAUCAGAACUGGAGCAGACCCAGGACAGCAAAGAUCUCAACCAUGAAAUGUUUGGGAUUAAAGAAGAGGUUCCCAACGACUGGAGCUCCAGUUUGGAGCUACAGCACCCAGAACACCUCCACAUAAAGGAAGAAGAGGAGGAACGUUGGAUCAGUCAGGAGGAAGAGCAACUUACUGUGAAGAAAGAAGAUGAAGAGAAACCCCAGUUUUCUGAACUUUAUCAGAUCAAAACUGAAUACAGCAAAGAGACUGAAGCUUCAACAAGCAGCAUAGCUGUACAGAUGGAAACAGAACCUCAUGGAGAGGACAGUAGAGGACCAGAAUCAGCCAGGAACUCAGAAUCAUUGUGUUCUUCCCAACAAAGUAAGAUGACUGUUCACAAAAGAGGUAAAAGGUCUAAACUGUGUUCCAAACUUACUGCUCAGAUUAGAGUCUAUGCAGGAGAAAGGCCAUUUAGUUGCAGUGUUUGUGGCAAAAGAUUUAAAAGUAAGACUCAUGUUAAAUUACACAUGAUGAUUCACACUGGAAAAAGAGAACAUAGCUGUGAUCUUUGUGGUAAAGGAUUUAAAGAAAAGCAUUGCCUUCAAAUACAUAUGAGACUCCACACUGGGGAGAGACCAUUUAAAUGUGAUGAUUGUGGUCGAAGGUUCCAUGCAAAGACGAAUCUUAAAACUCACUUGAAGGUCCAUUCAGAAGAUAAACCUUUUUCCUGUGAUGUUUGUAGUACAAGAUUUAAAAGAAAGGAGACACUCAAGAAGCACACAAUGAUCCACACUGCAGAGAAAACAUUUGUUUGUAGUGUUUGUGGGAAAGGAUUUUCUCUACAGAAGAGUCUAAAGACUCACAUGUGUCUUCACACAGGAGAGAAACCAUUUGUUUGUAGUGUUUGCAGUAAAGGAUUUGCAUUACAAGAGAAUCUAAAGAGACACAUGUGUUCUCACACUGGAGAAAAACCAUAUAUUUGUAGUGUUUGCAGUAAAGGGUUUUCAUUACGACAAAAUCUAAAGAGUCACAUGCAUGUUCAUACAGGAGAAAAACCAUUCAUUUGUAGUUUUUGUAGUAAAGGAUUUUAUAGACAUGGAGAUCUGAGGAGACACAUGAGUGUUCAUACAGGAGAGAAAGCAUUUAUUUGUAGUGUUUGCAGUAAAGGAUUUUCACAACAAAUUCAUUUAAAGAAUCACAUGCGUGUUCACACUGGAGAGACACCAUUUGUUUGCAGUGUUUGCAGUAAGGGAUUUUCACUGCAAGAAAAUCUGAAGAGACACAUGCAUGUUCACACAGGAGAGAAGCAGUUUAUUUGUGAUAUCUGCAGUAAAGGGUUUUCACAACAAGGGACUUUAAAAAGACACAUGAGUGUUCACACUGGAGAAAAACGGUUUAUUUGUAGUGUUUGUGGUAAAGGGUUUUCAAAGCAAAAUUAUCUUAAAAGCCACAUGGAAGUUCACACCGCACCAUUUAGCUGUAGCGAUUGUAGUAAGCGUUUUGUGAACGAAAUCCAGUUAGGGCGACAUGUGAGAGUCCACACAGAGGAGAGACCGUUUGGUUGUGAUAUCUGUAAAAGCAGAUUUAAUCAAAAGUGUCAGCUUCAAAAUCACUUGAGAGUCCAUUCAGGGGAGAAACCGUUUGUGUGUAGCGUUUGCAGUAAAGGAUUUUCACAACAUGGAAAUCUGAAGAGACACAUGGUUGUUCACGAGGGCUGCAAGUAAUGAAUAUUAUAAUACUCGACUCAUUUAACCAUAUAUUUUUUUCAUUAACUGCUAUAAUUUAAUAUGUAACAUGAUUGCUUUGUGUUGUCACACCUGUUCUGAGCAUGUUCUUCAUCAUCACUCCCAAAAGUAAAUUUAAAUGUUAUUUUAAACUAUGAUCUAUUUUGCUUGGAUCACCCGCAGUUCAAAAUCCAAAAUACUGAAGACAGUCGGAAUGGGAGGGAAAUAAUCCACUUUUAGAUGCAUUGGGAUGUAGAUGAUCUCUUAAAAAAUGAAAUUUUCUUCGAAAAAGCUUAAUAUUUUUUUUUAUUUUAGAUUUUUAUACUUUUUUGUUCAAUUAACUUUGGUAUUUGUUGCAAAACACAAAAGCUGAAAAAGAUUUGCAUAAAUGUGCCUCUGAAUGUUUGCAUAAACAUUUAUCAGGGGAAACAAAGCAGGAAGCACAGUGAGCAUUACUACGUUUAGAAACAUAAAAAAAAUGACUUGGUUUUUAUCAGUAGCUGUUAGGGGUUUUUUGUUCAACGCUGCUCUGGAUCACAACCCAGGGUCUGCAGUGCAUAUUUAAAAUGGAUGGGACCCAUACUGAUUUUUAUGGCAAUUUUGACUCCAUGGAAUAUUUAAGUCAUAUCAUACACUCGAUAAUCUAUGUUGAAAUAACUUCAAAAUGAACAUUUUUUAUUAUCAACUGUCUCCACAACUGUAAUCAGUGCUUACUAAAUACCAGAGGUGGGUAAUCCAGGUCCAGAAAGUAAAAAGCCUGUACAGAGAUUAGUUCCAACCAUUUGGAUUUCCAGAUCUACAACAUAGACGGGGACUAAUCACCUGGUUAAUUGAACAGAAUGAAGGAAAAGUGAGACUGAAGCUCAGCAUCAGCACACAGAUUUUAACUCUUGAAGCAGCUCAGCAGUCAAAUGGCUUACGGCUCAUUUGAGCAACUUUAUUCGUUUAGGCACUUUGCCCUCUGUAGAAAUGAUUUCAUGCUUUUAAAGAAGUCAUUUUAUAAUGGGGUGAUAACCGUUGCUUUAAUUAGCACCAAAAACAAAACAAAAAAUACAUGUUGGAGAGAAAUUCCUUUUCCUGUGUAAUGCCCUGAUAUCAGCUGGGCAACAAAGUCCAGACUGGUGAGUUUUGGGUUUUUCUACACUAAUAAAUAUUCAAACAUGCAAAAUUUGUCAACAAAGUCCUGUCUUUACAGUAUUCCAGUCAUGGUACAGUGUGUGCCAGAAUGGAGGGUGUGAGGAAAACCAUUUUUAAUGCAUCUUGAGUGCACAUCCACCUGUAUUUAUUGCCCUCUGUAUACAAUUGGAUCACUGAGGCCCUGUUUACACAACAUUUUCUGGUGAAAAUGGAAAAGUUUUGUCACGUUUCUACUGUCCGUGUACACGACAACGGCACUCACCUUUUCAGAAAAUGGCCUGAUUUGAAAAUGGGUUCCAGGAUGUAACUUUUUGAAAAUGUCCUGGUCUCUGUUUUCAUGUAGACAGGAAACCCAGAAUCUUCCUGUAGGGGGAAAGGCCUGGCACAUGCCCAAUAUGAGUGCAAUCAGUAGAAAUUAAUAUGAACGCGCACAGCAUCAUGAAUGCCAACCAGUUUAAAACCCACAGAAGAAGUCAUCCAUAACAAUGGUGGAUUGCAGAGUACUGUUUAUGCUGCUGGCUCUUUUGAAUACAACAAUGGUCAACAACAAAGUGCUCUUUUUUUUUUUUUAAGUUGGGAGUGUUUACAUGUAUGCGAAUGUUUGUAAGUUUCAAAGAACAUACAGCCAACUAGUGGUGUGGCAGGGCAAUUAUGUAGUUUUUACAUUUCUAAUAAUGUGGUGUGCAUGGAGAUCAUAAUUAAAACGCUGACAUGUCGAUGUGUUGACAGAAACGGAAAAACAAUCCCAUUUUCAUUGGAUCGUUGUCGUGUGCCCAGGGCUUUAGGCUGCAUGUUGGUGUCCAGUUUGAACAGGACCUUAAAUCUAGAAUAAAUGUUUUAAACCCUAAUGGAAAACUCUCCAGUUUAUUCUAACAAGAUCCAAAUGACCAUUACCGUUUAAUAAAUCGUGUUAUUCUUUGUUAUUAUUUAUUUCAGCUGAUUUUCCUUUUAUUCAUAAGCGGUAUAAGUAGUGUAGUUAUUGUUUGUUAGUCGAUAUAUAUUGUUUUUUCUUCCUUUUAUGCAUUAUGAGUAGACGCUAUUACCUAUUAGGUUUAUUUUUAACAAACUGAAACAUUAAUUCCAUUAUUUGCUCCCAAAGAUUUCCUCACAAUCUAUGGCUGAUGUUUAAUUUUUGCUGGUUGAUCGAUAAUAAACUACCUACUCUUG